AUGUGCAAUAAUUUAGUCCUUUUCUGGCUAUUUCAUUCCCUUUCACCUUCCAUUAUCCAAAGUGUCAUUUAUCUGUCUACUGCUUCUUCUGUUUGGGAAGAUCUUCGAGAUCGCUUCUCACAGUUGGAUCUAUUGCGCAUUGCUGAAUUGCAGGAGAAAAUUUAUGCACUCAAACAAGGUUCACUCUCUGUCACUGACUUUUUCACUGCCCUAAAGACUCUAUGGGAAGAGAUAGAAAAUUCAUGCCCUCUCCCUCUCUGUACAUGUCCUGCAAAGACUUAUCGUAACCAAAACUUCAUCAUCCGAUUCUUGAAAGGACUUGAUGAACAUUUUUCAGUGCUUCUGGAAUUCUGGAUGAACAACGAACUAUUGCUGCCGCCAUUGAAGGUCAAUGACCAGGACACGGUCAUGGACGCGGCUCUGGUUUCUCUAGCAAAGGACGCGGCGGGAAUUCCUCCAAGCAGUGUACUCACUAUGGCAGAACAGGGCACAUAG